UGCCGGUCCGGUCUCGUGUGGCGGUGGGAUGCUCCCGCCGCGCCGAGACGGCCACGAUGAACAUGCGUAGCCGCCGCGCAUCGCGCCAGCCGACGCAAUUUUUGGAGGUGCAGGCCGACGGGUCUGACAUGUGGCGCGCGUCUGGUGCGAUUGAGGCACUGGAGAGAGGAGGGUGCGGCGUGCUGCCCACCGACGUCUCGUAUAGCUUCGUCGCGCCGCUCUCCUCCAAGGACGGCACGAAACGGAUCCUCGCGCUCAAGGGCGCGCGCGGCGAGAAGAAGCCGCUCUCGCUGCUCUGCCGCUCGCUCGCCGACGUCGAGGAGUACACGAAGGGAGUCACGCGCGAGGGCUUCAAACUGCUCAAGAGCGCGCUGCCCGGCCCGUUCACGUUCAUCAUGCCGGCGUCCGCCUCGCUGCCGCGGGGCAUCUACAAGGACGGCGCGCGGCAGUGGAAGCGAGACACGGUUGGCGUCCGCAUGCCCGACGAUCCGGUCUGCCUCGCCGUGCUCGAGGCGCUGGACGAGCCGCUGCUGUGCUCGACAGUUCCCACCGGCGAGGCGGGCGACCAGCUCGCGUGCUCGUACCCGCUCGAGGGUAGCGAGUCGGCGAGCUGGUGCACCGAGGUCGACUUUGUCCUCGACGGUGGCCCGCGCCCCUCGGACGGAUCCACGGUGUACGACUUGAGCGGCGAUCCGGCCGAUGGCCUCGUGCUCGUGAGGGAGGGGCUCGGCCGGCUCUGAUGUGCACGCGGCGUCAGCGGUGCGCUGACCUCAGUACGUUGGUCUGUCUUGUUGUAUGCUCUCGCUCCUCUCCGCGUCUCCGACAAUAACUCGCUCCUCGGAGCACACAAUGCACAUGCACAUCUCAGAACUCUCUCUCUCUCCGCACAUUUGUGGGGAAAUCACCACGUCCUUUACGGUGCUCAAGUCCAUCUACCAUCA